CCCCCCCACCCCCCCGCCGCGUUUCAGACGGAAACACUCCGGGAUGAGACAUCCCCAUGAUUGUCUUUUUGUGACACGUUUCAGCGCUUUAUUUUAUUAUUUCACCCGCGGAGAAGGAAGUGUGUUUUGACGACUCUCUCCGGGUGUAAAGUCGAGUUAGAAAAACAGGAACUCCAAGUACCUGGGAUAUCCACAGCCUGUAAGUCAGCAAUUUUUUUUGUUUUGUUUUUCUUUCUUUUUUUUUUCUUUUUUUUUUAACUUUCACACCCACCCCUGCUUUUGAUAAGAUUUUUUUUUUUUUUUUUUUUUUUUUUAAAAUCCUGGACCUCUGCGUUCAGACCGCAGCUGCAGCGAUGCCAGAGACAACACAAGAGGCGUGCGCUCCGGCCAAGGAUUCCCCUUUCUUCAUCAAGAACUUGCUGAACUGUGACAGCAAGCCGUCUAAACCCAAACCGCCGCUCGUCGCCUCAGCUAAGGCGGCCUUAGAGGGAGGAUUUUCCCUUUCCCAAGUCGGGGAAUUCAACUUUCCACGCUUUGACGUACCCGCGCAGCGGUUCACUCUGCCGGCGCAUUACCUGGAGCGCACCUCUGCGUGGUGGUACCCCUACACCCUGGGCUCGGCGGCUCAUCUACACAGAACUGAAGUUCCCCCUGCUCCUGUUUCCAUUCCAGCAAUCGAGAAACCAGGACCCAGAGAUUCCUCCCCGACCUCCGGCACGGACAGAGACUCCCCGGACCUUGUGCUAAAAUCCGAGCCGGACGCCAAAGACGACGAGGACGAGGACGAGGACGAGCACAGCAACAACAAAAGCAGCGACGAGAUCAUCCUGGAGGAGAGCGACGCGGAGGAGGCCAAGAAGGACGAGCUGGAGGAGUGGAAGAAGCGCGACGAAGACAAGAAGCCGUGCCGCAAGAAGAAGACGCGCACGGUGUUCUCCCGGAGCCAGGUGUUCCAGCUGGAGUCCACCUUCGACAUGAAGCGCUACCUGAGCAGCUCGGAGCGGGCCGGUCUGGCCGCCUCGCUGCACCUGACGGAGACCCAGGUGAAGAUCUGGUUUCAGAACCGGCGGAACAAGUGGAAGCGGCAGCUGGCCGCCGAACUGGAGGCCGCCAACCUGAGCCACGCCGCGGCGCAGAGGAUAGUCCGGGUGCCCAUCCUCUACCACGAGAACUCUGCCUCGGAGGGCGCGGGGGGCGCGGCGGCCAGCGUGCCCGUCAGCCAGCCGCUGCUCACCUUCCCGCACCCGGGAGUCUACUAUUCCCAUCCCAUCGUCACGUCUGUGCCGCUGCUCAGACCGGUUUGAAAACCGCCGAAAAGAGUUUUGAUGUUUCAUCUAAUGACAAAAUAAUUAAAGAAGCAAGACAAUAUUUUUAUACAAAGUCAGACACUGCGAAACAACAACAACAACAAAACAAAAACUAAGAGACUGUCACUGUCAGGCAAACGUGGACUUAUUUUGUCAGAUAGAUGAUUGUGUCAUUUCUCAUGAGGGUACCUAUUAUUAUUAUUAUUAUUAUUAUUAUUAUUAUUAUUAUUAUUAUUAUUAUUAUUAUUAUUAUUAUUAUUAUUGACAUCUCAGGAGUCUGUCCACUGUAUGAGUGUAUUAUUUUAACCAUUUUCCUUAUUUCCAAACCUGAUUGUUACUGCACAGGCCAGAUCUGUGCGAUGCAAAAAAAAAAAAUAAAAAUCAAAGGGGGCGGGGGGGACUUGUUUACAUAAAAGUGGCGACCUACUUCUCACCUAACACCCUCAUUUGAAUUUUAUUUCCUUUUCAAGAGCUGGUGACAGUGCUGUCAGAUGAGUGAAUUCACUAAACGUGAAACACUUGUUUUAUCUUUUUUUAAUUAUUUUUUUAAGCGCUUGAAGGGGGACAAUCAAGACACUAGCUGUAAAAAAAAAUUCCACGUAGCUCUCUGUUUUUAGUGAUUCUUUUAAACGCUCCUUCCACACAGACAGUUCUCUUAAGCACAAGUCUCCAAUGACAAUUUGUGUUUUUGAAACGGAGGGAUAAAAAAUAGUGAGACAAAAGAAUCACUGGUGUAAAAAAAAAAUAAAAAAAUAAAUGUACAUAUUUAACGAGACGCGGAAAAAAGAAAAUUCCUUACUCGCUUCUCAUUUGUAAAGUAAAAAAAACAAACAAACACGUUUUGAUAUUGUAUUGCUGGAUCAUGUUGUGAAAUAAAUCGAAAAUAUUCCUUACGUUUCGUUUUUUGCCUUAUUACACUUUUUUGGCUUUUCUCGCUAUCAUUUAAUAUAUGUAAGUAUGCAUAUUUAAUUAAAAGUUAAAGCAGGACUUACUCACUCUUUGAGAAACAGCAGGUGGCUUCUCUGCCGUCGCCCAAGUGGUACGCAUUUUAAAACGUUAUUUUACAUAAAGAGUGGCUCGGUCAAUUACGUGCGUAAUUGGCACCAUCUUUCCAAAAUUACGGGUAAUGUAUUCGAGUACAUUAUUCUCUAAGUACGAGCCGGUGUCCUUAACGUUUGUGUCAUGUCAAUCUGAAAAUAUCAAUUUAGAAUUGGUUUUGCAUUUGUUUUACUUUCAGUGUAUUGUUGCACCAUAAACUUUUUUUUUUUUUUGCAUGGCUUAUUAUGAACUUAUGUGUAGCGAAUUUAAAUAAGAUAAAGCAAUUUAGAAACAUUAAAAACAGCCUAUAAAAUUGGCUUUUCUUUUAUAAUAAAAAAAAAACAAUCUGUGAUUACAUGUAAAUAAUAACAUAAUAGUAAUAGUGGACAAUUAAAGCUUGCAGUAUUGUACCGUAACCCAAAUUACAGCCCCAUCCAUAUUAAAAUCUGCAAAAAAAAAAAAAAAAAAAAAAUAAAUAAAUAAAUAAAAAAAAGAGAUGUAAAUCUUCAAAUUAGAGAUACAUUAUUUAACAGGUACUUUGUCUCAGAAGGUUCUACAGGUGUCACUGCACUCCUAGCUCAUACCAGGAACAUAUGAUGGCAAGGUCAUCAUAUGUUAUAACCAAAACACCUAAAAAAGUGGAUUAAGCUGUCAAGCGUAUCCUUUAUACCCACGAACAUCUUAUUCAGCUCAGUUCGUAAUUAUUUAAGACGCAUUUUUGAAGUUUGAAAAAAGAUCCAAAACACAGCAAAGGGACAUUUUUUAAGGCUCUCUUCUACAUGAAUCAGAUCAGACGUAGAUAUACAUGGUGUGUUUAUAUCUCUUUUUAAAAUGCUCAUAUUCUGUCCAAAGUUUUCUGAGGGAGAAAAACACGGAGCUCAGACCAGGAAGGUGAAGAGAGUAUCUCGCUUGGGCAGAAACGAUAAUCUGAUGGUGAUAUUUAAAUAUUGUUGUGGAGAUUUUUUUUUUGUUUUGCUUUUUCUAUUUUACAAGCAGAAUUGCCCUCUAGGUUUGAUUUAUUCGUCCGGGGCUGGUUAGUAAUUUCAUUCGUUUAUUUAAUUCUGGGUGCGUGUGUACACAUGUGCAUAUAUAUAUAUAUAUAUAUAUAUAUAUAUAUAUAUCUGUGUGUGUGUGUGUGUCUGUGUGUGUGGGUGUUUGUGUGGAAUGAUUUUAUUAUUGGAAACUAAUCAGUCAGUAUGAACUCUGUUGUGAUGACCUCAUCAAGAGACAAAGGGUUCAUUCAAAUAUCAUCACAUCAUCCGGGUAUAUUGACGCGCACCUUACCAUGAACACUCAACACGGCCCCAUUACUGCAAAUUAAUAGAUUAGUAUAGCAUUAUUCCUCUGGCACAUAUCGAUCUGUGAACGUCUGCAGCACGCUGCGUCAAGUAAAGCUAGCAGCUUUCACGCGCUGCUUCGGCCAAGCUCGUGACCUUGAUUUGCGCGCAUAAAUUGAAAAAAAAAAAAAAAAAAAAAUCACCACUCGAUAAUUUCCAUUUAUGCGACAUCUUUAUGUAAAGGAUUGGAGGGGGAUAGAGGGGUGAGCAAAGCGGGGAAAAAUAUCAUAUUAAACGCAUUUGCACAAACAGGAACAAACUGACGUGACCGGUGACCGGGUGUGUUGUAUUAAAUUGGAGAGCUGAAUGGAUAAUAUUCAUAUAUACCCGUCACAGGACUCAGGGGCCAGUUGGCCAACACACAAGUAGAGUGAACUUCUUGCAUAAUGCCAACCUGUUAUUUUUAUUAGCGAGUGUCAUGCGCAGAGGUUAAAGCAUCCACAUCAAGAAUUUUGUCGCAAGAACAGAGUGUGUGAGGCAAAAAACAAGGGUGCGUCGAGGAAUUUUUCAAAGUGGCCAGAUAAGUGUCACUUAUGAUUGGUGUGGCACACUGUAAGCAAACACAAGAAAGAAUUUCAAAAGUUUUGUUAAUUCCAUGUUAUGUUUCUGUUGAUCAUCUUUUGGAACUUGUGAGAAGGAGUGCUGCUAUGCCGCUAUGUGUUGAUAUGGGUAUCCCAUUAUGUUUUACAUGAGCCUUAUGUAAAUCACCGGUGUCAAAUGGACACGACAUGAAUUUUAAAGGCUUCAUGCGGGAAUCAUAUGAAAUUUACGGCUUUCACGUGUGCAUCAUGCAUAAUUUUGAAGAUUUACUUGUACAUCACAUUAGUUUUCUUGGUCCCACAUGGUCUUUACAUAAAACCCAUGAAGUUUAUCAUUCCAGAUGGGCAUCACAUAAAGUUUAGAGGUUUCACAUAGAUGCCAUAUGUGAUUUACAAGUUUCACAAUGGCAUCACAAGUAUUAGGUUUAUGGGUAUCUGUUGGGUACCUCAAGUACAUCACAACGGUUUCACAUGUCAACAUAUAUGU